AUGUCGGAAUUGAAGCCCAUCACCCUCUGGUCCCACGCUGGAGGGCCCAACCCUUGGAAGGUCGCCAUGAUCCUCAACGAAUUGGGCGUGCCAUAUGAGAACAAGAUUCCCGAAGGCACGAAGUUGAAGCAAGAACCCUACACGACCCUCAACCCCAACGGCCGCGUCCCCACCAUCGAAGAUCCCAACACCGGCAUCGUGCUCUGGGAGACCGCCGCCAUAAUCCAGUAUCUCAUCGACACCUACGACAAGGACGGUAAGAUCUCCCACGGCCCCGGCGAACUCAAGUACAAGGAGCUGCAGUGGCUUGCUUUCCAAGUCAGUGGUCAGGGCCCCUACUUCGGCCAGGCGACGUGGUUUCAGGUCUUCCACCCGGAGAAAUUGCCGUCGGCGGUGGAACGCUAUCAGAACGAGAUUGUGCGCGUCAAUGGCGUGCUGGACGCGCAUCUGCAGGGCCGUGAGUGGCUGGUUGGCGACAAGUGCACGUAUGCGGAUCUGGCGUUUGUCACAUGGGCGAACAUUGGGAAUGCUAUGGAUGGUGGGAAGAGUAAGGAGAAGAAGUUGGAGGCUUAUGAUGCUUGGUUAGCGAGACUGAAUGAGAGGGAAUCGGUCAAGAAGGCUUAUGCUGAUCAGGAGGAGGCGAAGAAGGGGAAGUGGGCCGUUUGA